CGGUGCGCGUUGGCGGCGGCGGGGGCUGCUCCCCUUUCUCUCCCGUGCGCGGCGGGGCCGGCGGCGGCCGCAGGCUCGUGAAGCAAUAGGCUGUUGGAUUUUGAUCCCGCCCAGAAUACUUGAGUUUUUCUCCGCAAGGAUAUAUAACAGCGGUAAGUUCCAGAGGCAAGCAUUUCGUUUCGCUUUUUCUCUUUAGUAAAAUGGGCAAUUUGCCUUUUCACAAAAUAGGUAUGCUAGCUCUAAUAUUCUUCCAACAGGUUUUGUCUGCCCACCUAGGAAAAAGAGGUAAUGGAGACUGAACAACAGGAGGAGACCUUUACCAACACAGAGACAAAUGGCAAACGUCCUGCAGAAGAUAUGGAGGAAGAACAGGCCUUCAAAAGAUCUCGGAAUACAGACGAGAUGGUUGAAUUGCGCAUCCUGCUUCAGAGCAAAAACGCUGGAGCAGUGAUUGGAAAAGGUGGCAAAAAUAUUAAGGCACUUCGUACAGACUACAAUGCCAGUGUUUCAGUCCCAGACAGCAGUGGCCCCGAGCGCAUCUUGAGUAUAAGUGCAGAUAUAGAGACAAUUGGAGAAAUCUUGAAGAAGAUUAUCCCUACUUUAGAAGAGGCAUCUUUCAUGCAGUAUCAACACUACAAAGGCAGCGACUUCGACUGCGAAUUAAGACUUCUUAUUCACCAAAGUCUGGCAGGAGGAAUUAUUGGCGUCAAGGGUGCUAAAAUCAAAGAACUCAGAGAGAACACUCAGACUACCAUUAAGCUCUUCCAGGAGUGUUGUCCUCAUUCAACUGACAGAGUGGUGCUUAUUGGUGGAAAACCUGAUAGAGUUGUUGAAUGUAUCAAGAUUAUUUUGGAUCUGAUCUCUGAGUCUCCGAUCAAAGGACGGGCCCAGCCUUACGAUCCCAAUUUCUAUGAUGAAACAUAUGACUAUGGUGGCUUCACGAUGAUGUUUGAUGAUAGACGGGGACGUCCAGUAGGCUUUCCAAUGCGUGGGAGAGGAGGUUUUGAUCGAAUGCCUCCUGGUCGUGGUGGCCGACCUAUGCCUCCAUCAAGAAGAGAUUAUGAUGAUAUGAGCCCUCGCAGAGGACCUCCACCACCUCCACCAGGUCGUGGUGGCAGAGGUGGCAGCAGAGCUCGUAACCUUCCUCUUCCUCCUCCUCCACCUCCUCGUGGCGGAGAUCUGAUGUCUUAUGACCGAAGGGGCAGACCAGGAGACCGUUACGAUGGAAUGAUGAUGCAGUGUCAUGUGGAUGCCUGUGAUGACAUGCAGCCACCAGAGCUGUUUGAGGGUGGCUCUGGAUAUGACUAUUCUUAUGCAGGGGGCCGUGGUUCAUACGGAGAUCUUGGUGGACCCAUCAUCACAACACAAGUAACGAUUCCCAAAGAUUUGGCAGGAUCUAUUAUUGGAAAGGGAGGCCAGAGAAUCAAACAAAUACGUCAUGAGUCAGGAGCUUCGAUCAAAAUUGAUGAACCAUUAGAAGGCUCAGAAGAUCGGAUUAUAACUAUUACAGGAACACAGGACCAGAUACAAAAUGCACAGUAUUUACUGCAGAACAGUGUGAAGCAGUAUGCAGAUGUUGAAGGAUUCUAAUGCAAGAUUAUUUUUUCUUUUUUAUAGUGUGAAGCAGUAUUCUGGAAAGUUUUUCUAAGACUAGUGAAGAACUGAAGGAGUCCUGCAACCUUUUUUUUUUAUCUGCUUCUGUUUAAAAAGCCAACAUUCCUCUGCUUCAUAGGUGUUCUGCAUUUGAGGUGUAGUGGAAUCUUUGCUGUCCACCAGAUGUAAUGUUUUAGUUCUUUACAAAUAUUUGGGGGGAGGGAAAGGGUGCGCGAGACUAACGUGAAAUUUUGAAACAGCAGCAGAGAGAGUGAAUUUUAUUUUUGUUCAUUGUUGGUGGUAAAUUGUAAUGUUUCUCUGUAACUAUUGUGAACACCCUGCUUUUAUGUACACUGUACUUUUUUGAAGGGGGCAGAAUGCUGGUAGUCCACGUGUACCUGGCAUCCUUUGAGAGCAGUGUGCAGAAUGUAAUGCUCUUUUGUAAGAAACGUUUUAUGAUUUUUAAAUAAAUUUAGUGAACCUA